AUGAGCGACAAGAAUGAUCCGAAGGCUCAAUGGGAACAGGUCAAAGCAUCCCUGCUUACUAUGACACUGAGCAACGUUCAAUUGGGUUCGUGCUUGGACGCUUUCAAGGAUAUGGAUAAUGCAGUUCUCAAGCAAGGCCCAGAUCCAGGAAGAGAGCUUGCCAAGAAGUGGCACGCUGCCAAGGCUGUAUUCGCAACCUUCGUAGCAAACAACUUGGCUCCUGGUGUAUACAAUGAUGCCAUUGCCGGCAUGGACAAGAUCGUGAACGGAACAACUUGA